AUGGAAGCGAGCUUCCGAAAGCUUCCGAGAGCUUCCGAUUCCGAUGAAGAACACAAGUUGUUUUGGCCACAACAUUCAGAGUUUGUAAGGCUAGCUUCUAAAUUUGGAGCAAAAAUUGUUCCUUUUGGCGUUGUUGGAGAAGAUGAUAUCUGUCAAAUGGUUUUUGAUUAUAAUGAUCAAAUGAAGAUCCCUUUCCUGAAGAAUCUCAUAGAAGAGAUAACACAUGACACAAUCAAGCUGAGGAACGGUGAAGAAGGCGAAGUGGGAAACCAAGAUCUGCAUGUGCCUGGAAUCAUUCCAAAGAUUCCGGGACGGUUCUACGUUUAUUUUGGGAAACCAAUAGAAACAAAAGGUAGAGAGAAAGAGCUAAACGAUAAAGACAAGGCUCAAGGGGUUUACUUGGAGGUCAAGUCAGAAGUAGAAAGAUGUAUGGCUUACCUGAAGGUGAAGAGAGAAAGUGAUCCUUACAGAAACAUAUUCCCGAGGCUUCUCUAUUACCUCUCACAUGGUUUCACUUCCGAGAUCCCAACCUUUGAUCUCCGAAUCCAUUAA